AAACUAAACAUAAGUAGUAAUUGCUCAAUGAAAACUCCUUAAAACUUACCUCGGUUUAAGUAUUUUUUUACAUUUUUUAUUUAUUUAUUUUAACCAAGAUAGUAAGUAAAUAAUAAUGACGUGAUUCGCUGUUUUGGUGGUGUUUUUUUAAUAAUCCAGACAAGUCUAGGUGUCACACUGCAGCCACUGCAGCUCAACAGUCUUUGCAAAUUCCGCAGCGACUGAGCCACGAGUUCCAGGCUGGUGCUAUAGUGGAAAUAGUGGAGCUAUAGCGGCGAUAGUGGUGCUAUAGUGGAAAUAGUGGAGCUAUAGCGGCGAUAGUGGAGCUCUAGCGGCGAUAGUGGAGCGGGACGCCGGCGUGAGGACCGCCGGGAGCGGAGCGGUGACGGUCAACCUGCCCGGGCUGUCGGGAGACAUGGCUGCGGGGAAGGGAGCAGGGAAACCCGCCUCGCUGUGGGACAACAUGCGAGUACGGUUCGGUGUUUGCUUCAUGGGAGUCUUCGUCUGUUAUUUUUAUUACGGCAUACUACAAGAAACCAUCACUCGGGGCAACUAUGGUCAGGAGAAGUUCACAUUUGCCAGGACAUUGGUCUUCAUACAGUGUAUCAUCAGUGCUGUGUUUGCUAAGAUCUUGAUCCAGUUUUUUGAGGGGUCUAAACCAGAUCACACCAAGAGCUGGCUCUACGGCCUGUGUUCGCUUUCUUAUCUCGGAGCUAUGGUGUCCAGUAACUCUGCUCUUCAGUAUGUCAACUACCCUACACAGGUGUUGGGGAAAUCCUGCAAGCCCAUACCAGUGAUGCUGCUUGGUGUCACAAUACUGAGGAAGAAGUACCCGCUGGCUAAGUACCUCUGCGUGUUGCUGAUUGUGAGCGGCGUUGCUAUGUUCCUCUAUAAACCCAACAAGAGCUCAGCUGUUGCGGACGACCAUAUUUUUGGCUUCGGGGAGAUUCUGUUGCUUGUCUCUCUGACGCUGGACGGUUUGACCGGCGUGGCACAGGACCACAUGCGGUCUCGCUUCCAGACGAGUGCCAACCACAUGAUGCUGAACAUCAACAUGUGGUCCACUCUGGUACUGGGACUCGCUGUGUCGUGGACUGGGGAAGUGUGGGAGUUCCUGAGUUUUGCCGACCGCCACCCCAGUAUCUUUUACAACAUCCUACUGUUUGGACUCACCAGUGCUUUAGGACAGACCUUCAUCUUUAUGACGGUUGUGUACUUUGGGCCUCUGACCUGCUCCAUCGUCACCACGACCAGGAAGUUCUUCACAAUUCUCGGCUCUGUUAUUUUGUUCGGGAAUGUCAUGAGCACGAUGCAGUGGUCCGGCACCAUCUUAGUGUUCCUCGGUCUUGGAUUGGAUGCUAAAUUUGGCAAAGGCCCCAGGAAAACAACACAUUAAAACCUCUGGAGCACACAGAAACAUUCAGCAUUAAAUGGAAACCCAGUACAACUGGAAUCCUGUUUUCAGAAGACGUCCCGCACAGAUAAACUGGACUAUGUGCCUAACGAUUUGUUAAAGUGUGGUCAGAUAUUUAAGUGUACUUCAAAACUCCAGUUUGUUGUAUAUUGUUGAUAUGUUGAAGAGAAUGUGUUCUACUUUGGGGGCAAGUCCAGACUGAACAGUGACGAACUGUAAGCCACAAGCUACCAGGAGAAAUUUGGUCUGGCUGAUGAGUUGGGGUGAAAAAAAACAACGAAAAACAAAAUGCAUAUGUAGGAAAACCCUUUCUGAAACCAGCUCCCUUGACUUAAAUGGAUGUUAAAUUAAAAAAAAAAAUACGUUUCCAAUGCUGAACACAUAAUUUAAUACUAAAUGUUUUACAAAUGAUGCUUGAAUAUGUGUAAUUAUUACCUCUGGUUAUAUUUUGGAAAACUGUAAGUCGUUUCAUGAUGACAUUUGAAAAAAAAAAAGUAAACGGUUGUAUGUAUCCCGUUGUUGCGUCCAAUCUUAGUUCUCAGUUGUUUUUGCUUUUAUUUUGUAUAAGUUGAAAAUAACUUGCCAUAAAAGGGAAAUUGUCAUAA